ACUGUAUUGGGCCUUCGACGCAGCAGCACCAGCCACUGGCUGCGCUCGGUGCCAAUCAAGGAGAUUACAAGUACGUCAUUGCGGGGCGUUUGGUGAUUGGUUGGCCGUCCUGCAUAAUCUCACCGCCGAGUAGCUCAGGUUUUGUUCACCAUGUUGGAUCAACUGCUCAUCUCAGUUGCCUUGUGACCAAUAGUUUUAUCAUGCCAGUGGCAACGAAGCGUCGUGGGCCCAAAGUGUCGAGGUGCAACCGGGUGGCUUCCUCUUCCUGAGCGGACAGCGGGGCUCACCGACACGGACACGGCAGGAAGGAAGGACUACUGUUUUGAUUUAGAGACAUGGACACCCAUUAGCUAGCUCCAAGCUGUCAGGUUCAGUACUACUGUCUUCUUCCAGGACAAUUCAACCCGCAUCUAAAGGAUUUAACUUUUUCCUCCGCAUUGUUAUAUAGUUUUCCUGGAUGUGUACUUAUGAACCGCAGGAGGACAUUGUGAAACACACUAAAGGCAAGGUUGUCGAUGGGGGAAAUAAGUUGCCUGCCAGCCGUCUGCGAGAAUUUCUCUUCUCAUUUUUUGAGUCAUGGUCGAAGCUUCGUCUCUCUGUCAAACUGAUGGGGGUUUCUGUGCAGGCGCUGCUGCUGGGAUCUGUAAUAUGUGAGUAAAGUGGACGGCCGAGGCCUGGGCCCGCUGUUGUAUUGUGGCCUGGGCUAGGAUACACCUCCUCUGCACCGGAUCAGCAGCGUUAAUUACGGCUCGGAGAUUACCCCUGUUUACGGAGUAGCGAUCUGGCCUGCGCACACAUCUGAAGGAGGAUUCAGUUUGGAAUAAUAAAUGCGAUUUCCAAGCCGUGUGGAGCCCCGGUGGUGGGAACAGCAUCGGCGCUGGACCACAGCGUGUGGAAAACUUGGACACUUUUAAAAGAUGAAUGCGCUGCUUCCCAUGUGACAUGCUUUAGAUCACGCUGUUCUAUCAAGACGGGGAAGCUGAGUUUCACCAGGAGGGAGGGGGGCGCACCUCUAUCAUGAGGGACAUCUAGGGCCACCGACUUUUUAAUUUAUUGAGGGGGGUGCGGGUUAUUUUCUGUUCUAUAUUUUGAUUUGUCAUUGUUAGUAGUGGCACUGUUAGGGCUGCACAGAUUCUUAGACUUGGGUAGUCAUUGCUGUACAUGCUCAUGAUAUGCUUUCCGUUAUUAGCCCCGGGCUACAGUAGCCUAAUGGUGUGCAAGCAAGAAAAUUAAUUUAGAGGAAGUGGGUCAGAUCCUUGUUGGCAUUAUGACAAGAGGCACGCCAGAAUGGUAUCUCACCCCAUAGAUUUGAAGUAACAGAUGUUGGAUCAUUUAAACCCCAAAUCUGUUCUCUAUAUGUUUUCUGUAAGUUUCAUUACUCGUAGUAUUGCAGCCUGGUAGCCAUUAUCACUUUUAGAAGCAGGUUCUGAAAAGAGGCAUUUCAGCACCAUUGAAUGGCUCUUUGCGGCACAACGGCUACAAAUGCUACAAAAAUGAUGGCUGCUUAUAACGGUGGCUCCUCAGCAGUGGCUGCCCAUCACCCGCAUCACCACCACCAGCUCCAGCACCUUCCGCCUCCCCACAUGCACCACCACCACCACGCGGGCCAGCAUCACUUGCAGCACCCGGGCUCCGCCGCCGCCGUGCACACGGUGCAGCAACACACCUCCACGGCUGCCGCUGCGGCGGUGAUGCUCAACCCCGGCCAGCAGCAGCCCUACUUCCCCUCUCCUGCCCCCGGACAGGCCCCUGGGCCGGCGGCGGCCGCGGCUCCUGCCCAGGUUCAAGCCGCUGCUGUCAAAGCUCACCACCACCACCACCACCACCAGCAGCAUCAGCAGCAACACACGCACCACCUACCACAGCAGCUGGACAUCGAGCCUGACAGGCCCAUCGGCUAUGGAGCGUUUGGUGUCGUCUGGUCAGUGACAGACCCCAGAGAUGGAAAGCGAGUUGCCCUCAAAAAGAUGCCCAAUGUCUUCCAAAACCUUGUUUCCUGUAAGAGGGUAUUUCGGGAGCUGAAGAUGCUCUGUUUCUUCAAACAUGAAAAUGUGCUCUCUGCUUUGGACAUACUACAACCUCCACACAUCGACUACUUUGAAGAAAUCUAUGUGGUGACGGAACUGAUGCAAAGUGACCUCCAUAAGAUCAUCGUUUCACCACAGCCUCUGAGCUCAGACCACGCCAAAGUUUUUCUCUAUCAGAUUCUACGAGGACUCAAGUACCUUCAUUCUGCUGGCAUUCUACACCGAGACAUCAAACCUGGCAACCUCCUGGUAAACAGCAACUGUGUGCUCAAGAUCUGUGAUUUUGGUCUGGCACGGGUGGAGGAGACCGACGAGUCACGGCACAUGACUCAGGAAGUGGUGACACAGUACUACCGAGCCCCAGAGAUCCUGAUGGGCAGCCGCCACUACUCCAACUCCAUCGAUAUCUGGUCUGUGGGCUGCAUCUUCGCUGAGCUGCUGGGCCGACGCAUCCUCUUCCAAGCCCAGAGUCCCAUCCAGCAGCUGGAUUUAAUCACUGACCUGUUGGGGACUCCCUCUAUGGAGGCGAUGAGGACGGCAUGUGAAGGUGCUCGUGCGCACAUUCUCAGAGGACCUCACAAACAGCCAUCCCUUCCUGUUCUGUACACACUGUCUAGCCAAGCAACCCAUGAAGCUGUCCACCUCCUCUGCAGGAUGCUGGUGUUUGAUCCGUCAAAGCGGAUUUCAGCAAAGGAUGCCCUGGCUCACCCUUACCUGGACGAGGGUCGACUCCGCUACCACACAUGCAUGUGCAAAUGCUGCUACACCACAUCCUCCGGCCGUGUUUACACCAGUGACUUUGAGCCCGUCACUAAUCCCAAGUUUGAUGAUGGCUUUGAGAAGAACCUGAGCUCUGUGAGACAGGUCAAAGAGAUAAUCCAUCAGUUCAUUUUGGAACAGCAAAAGGGUAGUCGAGUGCCACUCUGCAUUAACCCUCAAUCAGCUGCUUUCAAAAGCUUUAUCAGUUCCACAGUGGCUCAGCCUUCUGAAAUGCCUCCAUCUCCGCUGGUGUGGGAAUAGCUGCUGUCGGUGUGUGUCGUCACCUUUCCCAAUUGACAAGCUGCUAAACUGGGAACAAGAAAGCGUCUCGACGUUUUCUAUCAUCUGCGUAGCAUUUCACUGGAGAGCAGGACUCACAGGUCUGCUGUGUGUAUGCUGAAAUAUGAAAACAAAUGAAGAAAAAUCCACUAAUAAUUGCUUUAUGGGGUUUAUUAGAGGGUUUGGUAUGCAAAUGUAUGUAAUGCUCUGUAGACCAAAUCAGAAUGUUUUAAACAAACCCAUCUUGUCACUUCCAGGUAGAUGAGAUUUAACAGUUAUUGCAUCAUAAUGAAGUACAUUUGUUUUUGAUAUAUAUUAAUUAAAAAAAAAAAGCAGAUUUCUAUUUUUAAAAUUCUUAAUCAAAAUCUAAUUAAUCUCCCAUAUGAUUAGGCUACUCUGCAUUAUUACACCCACCUUCACCUCUGCACUGGUAAACAGCCAAAUCAGCGUUAAAUCCAACUUUGCUUCUUAUUCAGACAAUCGAUUGUAAUCAUUGGAAGGCUUUUUUUUUUUUUGCAAUUGAAAGCUCCCCAUAUUUUUUAAGAACAUGGAUAUUUUAAGUUAUUAAAAAUGAGUUAUUCUGGCAUGUCCCCCCCCCCCCUGCACACGUUUUUACUUCUAUAUGACUAUUAAUUUGCCAAAGAUCUGGAGCCUCAUGUAUAAAUGAUGCAUAAGCAUUCAGAUUGUGUGCAAAAAAAAAAACCCAAAAUGUUAUCUCUGCACAUUUUCUACAUUAUGCUCAGUCAUGUGUCCAGAUGGAUGGACACAUCAGGCCAGAUUCAAGGGUGGAGUAUGCUUCAAACAAACUAGUUCCUAUGAUGCGUUGUCCAACUAUGUCUAAAGACAAAAGCUGCCAUCCUAUCCUCCUCCUGGCUAUCUCUCUCUCCAGCCACAUGUCUUUGUCAUGACGUAAAGUUACAAAAAUGAGUCAGUAAGGUGUGUGAGGAGGUGCAGACAGUUACAUGAUUUGACAGCCACUUUGUUUGAAGCACUUCAUUGUUAGCAAGCAAGACUUUACUGAGAACAACUUGAUAAGAUGUUAAUAUGUCAGAGCUGCAUGUGUCAGCUUGAGUUCUUCUGCCUCCCAGCGGACACAAAUGGAUUUAUUUAGCUUAAAACAAAAGCAACAAUCAAUGAAUGAUGAGUGAUUCAUUGAUUUCAUGCAUAAUGUGCAUGAUUGCUUUUGAAGUCAGCAUAUAGACAUGACUAUAGCAGCAUUUAGCAUGCAAGAGGCACAUACCCACUUUAGAGUCGUCAUCAUUUCUCAUUUUUCUUUUCUACCCACACAACAUGGCACUUCUAAUAUAAACAGAGGGGAAUGAAUUGAGUUAAAGUGCAUGGCAGCAUUAGGCAUCAACUAUUUAUAGUUAGUGUCAAACAUGAUGAGAGAAUACACAAAUCCACACUUAAAGAGGACGUGCGUACAGGAAUGUAAUGAAUGUUUAGAUAUAUGUGAAGUUUCACAUAGAUACAAAUAAAUGUAUGCAUAUGUAUCUGCUAUUUUUGCACAUGAUUUUAGUGAUGAAUGUAUGCAAACAUUUAUACGUGAGGCCCCCCAAAAUAUUUGUAAUUAAGUUGGAACAGCAAAGGUGCAGCAGUUUCUAAAAGGUUUAACACGCGUUUGCUUUAUUUCUGUUAGGAAUCAUUCAAGCAAAUGCUCCCAGUGUUCAGUAGAUUAGCAUACUGUUGUGCUGAGUUUAAAUGAAAUCUGCUUGGUAGGGUUAUUAAAUAAAUAGUGUUUGAUUGUUAAGAUAAUUUGGUCUCAAAGGUGAAGGUAUAAAAUGUUCACAUGCAUGCUACAUGAAGAACAACUGAAACUCUCUGUGAACAUGAAGUAAGUUCAGAUAAGGGAUCGGACUCAAAGAGAUCUGCGUAUUAUUCCCUGCUUUUAAACAAGACAACAGCUCAUCUCACUUGAAAAGCCAAGAAAAAUCAUUUACUGUAUUGAAGAGAGAAAAAAAGGAGCAGCUGGGGAUGCUGCUCCUGCCCCCCACCUCUGACCAGCCAUAGCACUUCCUGCUAAUAUCCAGAUGAAUAAGAGUGUAUGGCUGAACAGUACUGUCAGCCAAACUCAGUUGCUGUUUUUUUUUUUAUGAAGGAAUGUGUGCUGUCAACUUGUGUGCCUCCUAAUUUCACUGACUAAUUCCACUCCCAGCCAAACUGAGCAAAUUCUUACCCCAAAGAGUACGAAGAGAAAAAUCUUUAAACACAAAAAGUCUAAACUGUUUUGAACUGAGGAAUACAAAAGAUCUCAGCUUCCCAGUGUUCCUUCAUGAGCUUUGCUUGACAUGCUCUCUGUACUGUACAUACAUACCACUUCUGAAGACAGCCUGUUCGAGGAAAAAGUCUGGUUUUCACAAUCUGGAUCUUAUUUGCAGUUUGGCCAUCCUUCAUGUUUUUUUUUUAUGGAAACAUUUUACUCAACAGUUUCAUUGUGGAGCACCUUCUGUCUACACUAGGUGGAUAUAUCUUAAAAAUGGAUUGAAAUAAGCCUGGUCUGAGGUGACCGUAAAGUUAAGACAACAUUCUGUCUCCUCUGACCAACGUGUGUUCUAGAGCUGCACAAUUAGUAGAUUAAAUGAUUAAUCACCAACUAUUUUGAUAAUCGAUAAAUCAUUUUGAUUAAUUUUUUAAGGAAAA